AUGAUAAGAGGUCAGAGAAUUCAUUCCGGCUCCUUUGGGCACUACAACAAUUCAGAACUGGCUCCUGAGAUCACUGCUAUGGUUGUGGCCCUCUGUGACAAGCCCUGGUCAAGCAGUGGUUUGCAGUCCAAGCAAAGGUGUCAGAAUUACCCCAUAUAUUUUACAUUUUCACUGUUUCCUUUUAUCUUUCUCUUCAUUAUAGCACUUUUUCCAUUCCUCACUCCAAUGUUUGAGGCAUUAAAUAUCUCCGUGUUUCCAAAAGAUACUAUACAUUUUUUCAAGAAAUCUCAUCGAGUAGAUUUUCUUCAGUUGAUGAUCAACAGCCAGAAUUUCAAAGACACUGAGUCCCAUAAAUCUCUGUCUGAUCUGGAGCUCGUGGCCCAAUCAAUUAUCUCUAUUUUUGCUGGCUAUGAAACCACUGGCAGUGGUCUUUCCUUCCUUAUGUAUGAACUGGCCACUCAUCCUGAUGUGCAGAAGAAGUUGCAGGAGGAGAUUGAUGCAACUUUGCCCAAUAAGGCACUAGCUACCUAUGACAUCCUGGUACAGAUGGAGUAUCUGGAUAUGGUAGUGAAUGAAACACUCAGAUUAUACCCAAUUGCUGGCAGACUUGAGAGGGUCUGUAAGAAAGAUAUUGAAAUCAAUGGCUUGCUCAUUCCCAAAGGGUCAUUGGUUAUGGUACCAGUUUAUGCCCUUCAUCAUGAACCAAAGUAUUGGACAGAGCCAAAGGAGUUCCACCCUGAAAGGUUCAAUAAGAACAAGGAAAACAUUGACCCUUACACAUACCUGCCUUUUGGGACUAGACCCAGGAACUGCAUUGGCAUGAGAUUUGCUCUCAUGAACAUGAAACUUGCUCUUGUCAGAGUCCUGCAGGACUUUUCCUUCCAACCUUGUAAAGAAACACAGAUUCCUAUGAAAUUAAGCAAGAAAGAACUUCUUCAACCAGAAAAACCCAUCAUUGUAAAGGUCGUGCCAAGAGAUGGAAGCAUAAGUGGAGCCUGACUUCCCCUAAAUGCUUCUGACAUAGUCUUCAAGGAGGAUGUGCCCUAGAACACUGAGACCAAUG